CACUUGUAUUAUAUUGUAUGAAACAACUUAUAUAGUAUAAAUAUGCAAGAAGUUUUGAGGUGUUUAUCAGAUAAAAUCGAUUAGUUCGCAAAGCUAAUUUAUCAAAAACACAAUCAACAUGUUUAAAUUGGUAUUCAUCGCUACCCUUUUGGCUUUAUCCGUAGCUGGACCAGCUCCAGAACCAAAGCCUGCUCCAGUUCCAGAACCAAAGCCUGCACCAAAAGCUGAUCCAAAGGCUCAAUUCUUAGCUGCUCCAGUUGUAGCUGCUCCUGCUGUAGCCUACUCCUCUGCGUACGUCGAUGCACCUCUUGCCUAUUCUAGUUACGUAGCUGCUCCUGUGUAUUCCUCUGCGUAUUCUGUAUAUUCACCAUAUGCCGCAUCGUAUGUGUAUUAUUAGUUUAAAAAAUGUAAUUUAUGGACUGAAAAUAUAUCAAUGGCAUAACCGAUAA